UGGCGCUGCUGGGACGAAGUCACGAUACACACCUGCUCAUAACCUGUCCUAUUUUCUCGUUUGCCCAUUUCUCCUCGGGCGGAAGGUUUCCUGAUUUAUAAUGGAUGGCUGACGUUGGCGAUGCUCUGCGCCGUACCUCUUAUUUUUAUUCCCCUUGCCUUUUCGCGCAUUCCCACCAUUACGCCCUACCUACCAACCAUCAGCCAUAAAACGAACAAAAAAACCGACGUGGGAAACAGAACGGUACUCUAUGGACUUGGGAGUUCUGCACCGAGACGGAAAUAUGUUCGUUGUCGUUCAUUUCUCGAGGGCUUCGGCCACCGCGUUUCACCAACACGUGAUGCGCAAUAUCUGGCAGGCUUGCCCCCCAUUUUUUUCCUGUUUGUCUGUUUUGUUGUUGCCUUGUUUGGUUUACCGAUCUACGCGAGAUACACCUUUGAUUCUCGUUUAUUUUUGCGUUGCGGUAAACGAGAAGACGCCUUCUGUUGGAGACUUGUGGGCGUAUCUAAUUAGCGAUGAGAAGCCUCGACUUUGAGAAAACGAUGCGGGUUUUCUUUUUUCGCAUAGCGUGUGGUACUCGACCAAGGACAAAAAGUAGGAGUGGGGUUGAAAGAAGCCCGUAAAAGGGAGCUGCCCGAUGAGGAGAUGUCAGCAAGAGGGCAGCGGCUGUGGGCGACGAAUUGCCAGCGAA